GACAAUGUUUUAACAGAAAGAUGAUACAAUUGAAUAUGAAUACAAUUGAAUAUGAGUAUCCUCUUCAUAAAGGUUUUCAAGCACCCUAACUACAACAGCUUCACCAUCAACAAUGACAUCCUCCUGAUCAAGCUGGCCACCCCCGCUCAGCUCAACAUUCAUGUGUCUCCCGUGUGUCUUGCUGAAACCUCCGACAACUUCCCUGGAGGCAUGAAGUGUGUGACCUCUGGAUGGGGCCUGACCAGGUACAAUGCUCCUGAUACCCCUGCCCUGCUCCAGAAGGCCGCUCUGACUCUGCUGACAAAUGACGACUGCAAGCGUUAUUGGGGAACCAAGAUUACCGAUCUGAUGAUCUGUGCUGGAGCCUCUGGUGCUUCUUCUUGCAUGGGUGAUUCUGGUGGUCCUUUGGUCUGUCAGAAGGAUGGAGUUUGGACUCUGGUUGGUAUCGUGUCCUGGGGAAGCAGCGUCUGCUCAACCAGUUCACCUGGUGUGUACGCCCGUGUCACCAAACUCCGUGCCUGGGUUGACCAGACCAUUGCUGCAAACUAAAGCACAAAGAUUAUACAGUAGUUCUUGGUCAUAAUGCUUAUCAAUAUAGUUUUAUUUUGAGAAAA